AUGGCCGAAUCUACGUCCAUAGACGCGACGCCCCAAAAUGGCCAUGCGCAUGUACAUGAGCCACGGGCGCGCAAACCAACACGGAUCGACUUCCUACGGCCACGUUUGAGCGAUGAGGCGAUAGCUACCAACGGCCAGAUCAAUGGCAACGCCUCAGGGAUAUCAAGUGGACGAACCACACCCAUUCCCGAAAAUGCUCCUCCGUCAGUCAAGGCUACAUCGUCGGCGCGUCGCCAGGUUCGAGCGGAACAAAGACGGCGGAUCUUUCCCAGCAUCGAGUAUGUCGACCGUGUAUCACAUUUCGAUCCAUCGAGCGACUACCGAGACUUUCGCGGCUUCUUUGUGCUGUUUUGGAUUGGUCUAGCCAUCAUGGUCAUAACAGCUAUGCUGCGCAACUACAAGGAGACUGGCUAUCCCCUGAACAUCAGGCAAUUGGACCUGUUCAGAGAGAAGGUGUUCGAGCUAGCCAUCUGCGACGGACUCAUGGUGGGGUCGACCGCUCUCUCCCUGCCUCUGCAUAAGUUUUUCAUGGGCAGCAAUGGCAUCUUCCGCUGGAGCAAGUUAGGCAUGGCCAUACAGAGCAUAUAUCAGGUCUUCUGGCUGGCAUUCUGGUGUACCUAUCCUUUCAUCCGAGAUUGGAGCUGGACUGCACAGGUCUUCUUCACCCUGCAUCUGCUUGCAAUCUUCAUGAAAAUGCACUCAUAUGCCUUCUAUAAUGGCCAUCUUAGCGAAACUAGACGUCGCCUUUACGAUCUCGAUAACCCAGACAACGUUUCCAAAGCUGCAGCAUACAGAUACCCUGGAUCGCGCACACAUCUUCACGAGAUACCUCAAUCACCGUCGGACGAACACAAAGAGGACUCGGAAAAGGAACGGUUGGCGCAUUUGCGUGAGGAUCUUGCGCUUGAACUGACGUCUCCUCUUGGGCACGUAUCAUAUCCUCAAAACCUCACCGUCGCGAACUUCACUGAUUUCAUUUUCUGUCCUACUUUGUGUUAUGAAUUGGAGUAUCCUCGAGUACAGUCUAUUCGCUGGUCGGAGGUCUUUUACAAGACUUUGGCCGUGUUCGGAUGCAUCUUCCUCCUUACCGUCACCACCGAAGAGUUCAUUUUACCAGUCCUGGACGAAUCUGCAAUCGAGCUGCAAGCAUCAAAUAGCGCUUUGGAGUUUGCUUUGAUUCUCUCGGAAACGAUAGGGCGCCUGCUAUUCCCAUUCAUGGUCGCAUUCCUUCUCGUAUUCCUCGUCAUCUUUGAGUACAUACUGGGCGCCUUCGCAGAGAUCACGCGAUUCGCCGAUCGUCAGUUCUUCGCAGACUGGUGGAACAGUUGCGACUGGUUAGAGUUCUCACGCGAGUGGAAUAAACCAGUGCAUCACUUCUUCCGGCGACACGUCUAUUCGGCGUCGCGUGGUCAUAUGUCGCGACCGCUAGCGACGACGAUAACCUUCUUCAUCAGCGCGCUCGCUCAUGAACUAGUUAUGGGCUGCAUCACCCGGAAAUUCCGUGGCUAUGGGUUCAUCGCGAUGAUGCUGCAAAUGCCAAUUGUACUGGUGCAGCGAUCCAAGUGGGUGAAGGGCCGCACCCUCCUUAACAAUGUGCUUUUCUGGUGCUCGAUGAUUCUCGGGCUUGCGAUGAUGUGUGCUCUUUACGUCCUCGUGUAA